GGCCGUGCGACUCGUCAACAGAUAUCCUUUAAUGGGACAUGUGGUCCGUAUUUGGCGCCCUCAACGCGCAUACUGCCCAUACUAUCCCCCAGAGGUGUAUAUAAAUAGCCCCUCUCUGCCUCCUAACAGCUUGAUCAACGAGGUAGCGUCAAGGAAACGUCUGUGGGACGGCGUUCUGUAAUCGAAGGAACGUCAACGUCGCUGACGUAAGAUACAGACCCCAGUGAAGUAGACAAACAGCAUCACAAGCUACUACAAGGGCUCAAUUUUAACAAACGUCGACGCUGCAGCACAAAACAUGGCGGUCCUAGUGUCCAUCGGAUUCAUGGUGGUCACCUUUGCCAUCGCACAAGUGCUUCGAAUUGUGGGGAAGGUCGUCCUGCCUUCUAACAUCUACGAGUACUGGGCCGAGCUCAUCACGACUUGGCAGUUCUGUGCCUGUUUCAUCGAGACUGACUUCGUGACGGCUGACCACGGGUGGUGGAUGUUUGCCGUGGUGUGUUUCCUUAUGUGUCUCGGCUUCUGUAAGGUGUUUGAGGACGCCACCGGCUGCCCGUGCUGUGUUCUAGAGGACUACAUGGGCAACUUGACUACCGUGAAAUCUGCUCUCAUCAAGGUGGCCGUGCAGAUCGCGGGCGCUAUCCUCGCUGCUCGCUGGGCGUAUUUUGUGUGGACGCUGGGGUACUCGGCAGGACACGCUGACAAGGCCCGGGAGGAGCUGUGUGAAACCUGCAUCAACUGUUCUGACCUGGAGGGCAUGGCGGCAGAAGGUCUGGCUACCUUCACCGCUCAGUUCGCGGCCUGGAAGCUGAAGGAAUCUGACCUGUCUGAUUACAUCAACUCCGCCCUCUGUGUGGCCAUCAUCGUCACUGGUGCCAGUUGGACCGGUAUGAUGUUCAACCCCGCUCUGGCUGUGUCUAUGACGUACGGCUGUAAGGGAGAGUCCAUUAUUGAUCACGUUGUGGUGUACUGGAUCGGCCCUCUCAUCGCCACCGCCCUCUCCUACUACCUACACUUCGGAACGGUCCCCGUGCUGCAAGCCGAGAAAGUCAAGACAACUUAAGAAGACACAAGGACUAAAAGAAAAACAACGAUUUUUUAAGUCGUUG